AAAUGUGCUGUUGACUCAUGAUGCAGGCUUCAUGUUUUCAGUGCUUUCUGUGCUUUGUCUUGUAGUCGCUUCAUUCUUCACAUCCCCAGCGAGGAGAGGGACAAUGCCAUCAGAGUUUGCUUCCAGAUUGAGCUUGCCCAUUGGUUUUACCUGGACUUCUGCAUGCAAAAUUCAACAGGACUACCUCAGUGUGGGAUAAGAGACUUUGCCAAGGCUGUUUUUAAUCACUGUCCAUUCCUGCUGCCCCAUGGAGAGGAUGUUCAGAAGGUUUUAGAGCAGUGGAAAGAGUAUAAGAUGGGUGUGCCUACGUUUGGUGCCAUUAUUCUUGAUGAAACGCUUGACAAUGUGUUGAUGGUCCAGGGUUAUCUGGCCAAGUCUGGCUGGGGUUUUCCUAAAGGGAAAGUCAAUGAAGAUGAGGCUUUCCAUGACUGCGCCGUUAGAGAAGUUUUGGAGGAGACGGGCUUUGAUAUCCGAGAUCGUAUCUGCCAGAAAACAUACAUUGAGCAGAGGAUUUCAGAUCAGUUGGUUCGAUUGUACAUUAUACCAGGAGUUCCUAACGACACCAAGUUCAACCCCAAGACCAGAAAAGAGAUAAGGAACAUUGAAUGGUUCUCAGUGGAUAAACUGCCUUGCCACAGGAACGAUAUGACCCCGAAAUCCAAGCUUGGACUGGCUCCUAACAAGUUUUUUAUGGCUAUUCCAUUUAUGAGGCAGCUCAGAGAGUGGAUUGCCAAACACAAAGGAGAGUCAACGAGCAGCGAUGAGGAUUUUGCGUCCAAUGGCAGCACACCUUGCAAACCAUUCCGGUGCGAUUAUUCUCACUAUAGAAAGCAUUCACCAUCGCAUUUUCACGUGUAUGCAUCUGGUGACGUCUAUGGCUGUAACGGACAGGCAGACUUGUGUUACGGGGAAUACAUCCUCUCCUCGCGCUCUUUUCUCAGCUUCAGAUUUGACAGAGAGGCCAUCAUGAAAUCCUGCUUCGAGUCCUGA